GGUUCUGGAAAGCAGUACAUGUCAAAGACAAAUCAAUCGACGUGUUAUACUAUGAAGCAAAAGUUCUAUUUGAGACCAGUGAAAAAGUAGAAAAGUACUUUGAUUCUGAGAUUUGAUAUAUAACUAUGGCAUUCAACGAUUCGCUGCGACAGUUUAAAACUCUUAUCUUAGACAACAAAUUACUGACAUUCUUGAGCAUAGCACUUUUUGCAUUUUUUAUAUCAACGUUGUCACUAGCAAGCUCCAACCAAAGCAAAAAGUCAGCUAUUGCUCAUUGUGAGGCUGAAUAUAAGGAGAAAACUGAGGGACCCACUUGUUCAGUGGCGACAAAAGAUCUACCUCUUCAGGAUCCCGUUUUUUUCAGUACGGAAGGAAGUUCGCUUCUACUUCUGGCCCCUGUUGGUUCGACAUUGGUUUGGAAUAAAACAACUCAGCAGUCUGCAUUACUAUGCUCUGGGAGUGGAAAUAAAUUGGUGAAAACUCAGACGUCCCAAACCAAAAUAACAUGUGUCCGAGAUAGCACAUUUUCAUUGCCAGACGGAAGUUCCGUCAGUUCGACGGAGUUAGGAUGUGAAGCGAUGAGCAUCGGAAGUUUCGUUGCGUCUGAAGAACUUUGCGGCAACGAUGCGGGUGUUGUACAUAAACUUGGUUUCGAUGCCGGGGAGUUGGGAUUCAUAACAUACAUUCAAUCAUGUUUCGAUAAGAAAAGGUCAUCUGUAUUGUUUACAAGACACAUACUGCCGGGUGCCGCAAUAGCCGGUUUGGCUGCUAACGUAGACGAUAUUAAAUGGACUAACGAUGGAAUAGUAGGAUCUAUUGAUCUGGAUAUCGCAUAUACUCAGGAAAAACAAUUGAAGCAAUUUACGGACGUUUUAGGAUCUGAUGAACAAGCGAAGAAAUUUCUUGUUACGGAUAAGCAGUAUUUGUCAAAGGGUCAUAUGACGCCGAAAGGGGACGGAAUUUUCCGCACGUGGAAAUAUGCAACAUUUUUCUAUACGAAUGCAGUACCGCAGUGGAAGACCAUCAAUGAAGGAAAUUGGAAUCGAGUUGAAUCGCUUGUGCGAACGAUUGCCCAUUCGCUCAAGGAAGACGUCGUCGUGAUUCAAGGCACUAGCGGAGUACUAAGCUUACCACAUCAGAAUGGUUCGCAAAUUCCACUCUCGUUGGACAUAUCCGGUAUCGACGUGCCUCUUUGGACCUGGAAGAUCGUCAAGUCACCGAGUUACGAUGCGGGCAUUGCUUUUGUCACCCUGAACAAUCCCUUCGAGACAAAAGUGGAAAAGUCUCCGUGUGAUGACAUAUGUGAGGCGGUUGGAUUUUCGCAGAAGGAAUUUAAGACCUUUACUGCAGGUUACACGAUUUGUUGUGAUCCAAAUCUAUUACUCAGGAUGAUACGUUUUGCACCUGAUGAAGGAAUGGUUCGAAAAGUUCUCAACUAUGAAAUGUUACCUUCUGGUGGAGCCAUGCUUAUCACCUAUAUGUCAUUAAUUUUUGUGUCAUCGCUGUAUUUGAUAAUGUCUAACUUUUUUAUAGAUAUCAAUUUUUAAACUUAAUAUACGUUAAACAUUUUGUUUCUACUUCUUGAAACAAAAUGUUGCCGUCGGUUUUACCUAAAAUUUUAGGCUUUAUUG